AUGGGAGCCAGUGUCCUUCGGGCAAUACAUUUUACAUUCGGACAACGAUCGGGGAUAGCGCAUGCGCGUUCUGGUUAAAUAAGAUUGUGCUUUCCACGCUCCGUUCAAAACCUCUUUCUACAGGUGUUUUUCAAUCUGUGACAUUGAGCAUUAUCAAUCAACAUGAGUGUUGCACCAGGAACGGAAGAAUCGGACGGUUACGUCGUCAGAGCCAGGGGACUUCCCUGGUCAUGCAAGGAAGAAGACAUUAUCAACUUCUUUGAUGGUUGUAACAUUUUGGGUGGCAAGGAUGGAAUCUGUUUCACAUUCAACAAGCAUGGCCGUCCAAGCGGAGAAUGCUUCGUCGAGUUUGAAACCGAGGAAGACUUUGAGAAUGCCAUGUCAAAGCACAAGAAGGAAAUCGGAUCACGUUAUAUUGAAGUGUUCCGAUCUAAGAUUGAGGAGAGAGAAUGGGUGAUGAAGCGUAGUGGGGCUGCAUCCUUCGAAGACAACGAUGCCUGUAUCCGUAUGAGAGGUAUUCCCUAUGAGUGCUCUAAGGAGGAAAUCAUGCAGUUCUUUAAGGGGUUGGAGAUUGUGGCGAAUGGGAUAACACUGCCUACAGACCAGGAUGGGAAGUGUACCGGGGAUGCCUUUGUGCAAUUUGCAACAAAGGAGCUGGCAGAGAAUGCUUUGGGCAAUCAUAUGCAUAAACUAGGGCACAGGUAUGUGGAGAUCUUCCACAGUAACUUGGAGGAAAUUCGUCGGAUUAUAAGCGCCAACAAGUUUGCCCGUGGUUUCCAGAGGCCUGGUCCAUAUGAUCGUCACGCCGGCGCUGGUGUGUUUGGUAACAGGGGCAGAGGACUAUCCAGUUCUGGCUUUGAGCGUCGCUACAGAUACGAUGGUUUCGGGGGUGGAUAUGACGAUAACUUCUUUGGCAUGGACAACUACGGAUUUGGUGGCAGCAGCGGCGGCGGCAGCGGCGGUUUUGGAAUGGGCGGGAUGAUGACUCGACGAGGGAGGGGUAUGCGAGGCAUUGGAAUGAGAGGUGGAUACAGCAGAGGAGGGGGUGGCAGUGGGGGGUAUGGUUACGGUAGCGGGGGAGGCUCUGGGUUCGGUGGUCCAGGAGGUGAUAGUGUGGGACCAGUCUUCCAGAGUCAGACAGGACAUUCUAUUCACAUGAGAGGUCUGCCAUUCAGUGCCACUGAAGAACACAUCAUGGAGUGGUUUCGCAAGAAGGCUGUUCCGUGCAGAGUUGUCAUCAAGUACAACAACAAGGGUCAACCGUCAGGCGAGGCAGACGUUGAUUUCAUCCGUCACGGAGACGCAGUGGCUGCCAUGGCUAAAGACAAAGAACACAUGAUGCAUCGUUACAUUGAGCUGUUCUUGAACUCUGAUGAUGACGGCGACGGUGGGGAUGGAGGGUACGGUGAUAUGCCGGGAUUGCAGUCAGGUAUGGGAGGUAGCGGAAGUGGCAAUUUUGGAGGUGGCAGUUCGCAGGUCGGAGGCCAAAGUGGUGGAUUUGGUAACCAAGGUAACGGAUUUGGUAACCAAUCAGGCGGCAUGAGAGCAGGAAGCGGAUAUACCAGCUUUGAAAGCCAAGGAGGAUCAGGUUACCAAGGUAACCAAGGAGGUGGAGGUAGCGGUUCUUUCUACUCCGGUGGAUCUGGUGGCUCUGGAUUCAACCAAGGAUUCUAAACAACAGUCUCAAGAACCAGUUUAGAUAAGACAUUUCUUUGUUGUCUCAAUUCAAGUUUUGCUUGUUGUGUAAUAACCCUAAAAGAGCCGGGGGGGUUGGGACCAUCCCACAGCCUCAAUUAAUAUCGUACAGUGAAGUUGAUUCUAAUGUAAGUUUUCAAUAAAUUUGGUAUGAAAAUGUGCGCCAAACUUGAAGCUAGAAAGUCAUGAAAGCCCACGCCUAAAAACUUGCGCGUUGCAAAAAUAUUGCUAAAAAAAGUGCAGGGGGCAGAAUCCCCCAGCCUUUCAGGGUUAAAUCUUCUCGUGUAUAUAAACUUUUUCUGAGAAAUUUUUCUGAUCAUGCAAUGUUUUGUUUGGGUUUGUGUUUUCUUUUGGUCAGUAGAAAAUUUAAUUUAAAAAAACCUUGUAAUUGCUACUUUUCCAAUACCAUUGUAGAACUGAUAAGAAAAUGGCUGAAAUUCAGACACUUUAAAUGCUCUUUGAGGGUUUUAAGCUUCCUUGAGUUCUAGGUGAAAACAAAAUUGUUCCUCCAGAGGAAUACCCUCGGUCAAAUGUUUUUUCUGAGAUUUCUCGUUUGGGUUUUAAUUCUAUUCAUUGAAAGUUAAAAAGAAGACCACUACAUGUACAAUCUAACAUUGUGAGAAAUAUUUUACAUUCCCUAAAACUGUCAUUGCAUGCAUGAUGUAUUACACAAGCCAUUAAUCAUUACAAGUGUGUAUAAAAAAUAGGUCGUAACUAAAAUUUCGGAUUUGAAAACUGGAAGCAUGGUUGAUUCCAAAGGAUAUCCCUGCAAUUAUAGGUGAUUGUAAAGCUAUUUGUUCUCGGAAAUAUUUGAAUCGUGAACAUUUUGAGCAGUUAGUAAACAACUUUUGAACUUGCAAGAAAACUUACAAAAGCCAUUUGCAAAUAUUCUAACAAAGUCUCCUUUGAAAAAGAAAAGAAAAAAAUGGGUUGUGAUGAUAGGGAGGCUCUACUGGCAGUCUUUGAAGGCCAAGAAAAAAAAUAAUGAAUUUCCUAUAUAACCCCAGCAAACCUAGAAUAGCAUACAGAACCUAAAUAUUUUUUAUUCAGAAACUUUUUUAAAACAUUGAACAUCAGCCUGCAUUUACAAAAAUUAAUUUCAUUUGGUUAUACUGUAUAUAUAAUUGUUGGCAGCAAAGCUUUUAAACAGCGUACUGAGCGUAGCAGAUUCAGAUUGAAGCAUUUAAUUCACAUGUUAACUAUGAAUGCAUGCAUAAUUAAAAACAAAAUAAUCGAACACCUUUUUUUCUGGCAAUAAAAGUUAAGGUAAAACAGAAAACACAAUAAAACAGAAAACACAACUUUUUUCUUGGCCUUGAGAAGUUGAAUGGGUUGUAACAUAAUAGAUCAGAGAAGUUCAUAAUGUAGCAGCAUACAUGUACAUAGUUGCAGAUAGAAUUCGAUUGAAUUUUCUUUUUGGCUAAUUAUAAAAAAAUUGGUCUAAAACAACGGAUUUACUGGAUAGCAGGACAAUUUUGAAACAUGUAAUUUGUGUGUAAGUUGAAGCACAGUUUUCAAAGAGUUUGGAUGAUUCAAUGUUAACACUAUUUACAGUAUUUUAAUUUUGAACUGAUACAUUCGUUAAUCAUCAAAUUACAUUAAGAAUUUUAAUUUUACGGUACCAGCCCACCCCCCUAUAAAACUGUACUUUUUUUUACCCAGUGAAAUAUUGGCUUGAAAUAAAAUCAAUGCUUGAUAAUUCAGUUAAAAAACAGCAUUUUGAA